GAAAGAAAUGAUUUUCUUUUCCUCCGCUAUAGCUGAUCCACCACCAAGAUAUGAUACACAGGAAAAUGCAUUUCUCUCUCUGUGCAACAAUUAGGGUUUUAAACCUUUAAUCCCAUCCAAAAACUCACACUUUUUGUGUCUUACUGUGAUUUUUCCACCUCGCGCGAUAUGGUGUUGUCCCUUUCCAUUUCCCAUUAGCUUCUCCUCACACCCGUUCAUGAGUCAACAUCACAACAACCACGCCACGCUCACCGUCUCAACCGGCGAUGCAAACCCCGACAACCGGCUCCAACCGGUCGAUGCUCCCAUUUCCACAGCAGAACAUGUUAGGGUUAGGGUUUCAUCGGAGGACAACGCGGCACCCGCAUCCGAAUCAGCGAGAUUCUCCAACUCCGAGGUCAAUUCGCUGCUAUCGGAGUUCGACGGUUACGUGGCAGCCGGCGGAGCGUCGAGGAACGUAGGGCACGGCUUCGAAAUCGGUGACAUGGUGUGGGGGAAGGUGAAAUCGCACCCGUGGUGGCCGGGGCACAUAUACAACGAAGCUUUCGCGUCUUCCGCGGUGCGAAGAACCAAGAGGGAGGGUCACGUGUUGGUGGCGUUCUUCGGUGACAGCAGCUACGGGUGGUUCGAGCCGUCGGAGCUCAUCCCAUUCGACGCGAAUUUCGCGGAGAAAUCGCGGCAGAUAAGUUCUAGAAACUUCCUGAAGGCCGUGGAGGAGGCCGUGGAUGAGGCCAGUAGAAGAUGCGGCCUUGGAUUGGUUUGUAGGUGUAGGGGCCCCGGGAAUUUUCGCCCAACCGAUGUGGAAGGGUAUUAUUCUGUUCAGGUGCCGGAUUAUGAGCCUGGAGUGUAUUCUAAUGCUCAGAUCAGAAGGGCGAUGAGUGAGUUUGGAACUGUGGAGAUGCUUUCUUUUGUGAAGCAAUUGGCGAUGAAUCCACAUGGUGGUGAUCCGAGAAGCAUUGAUUUCACUAAGAAUAGGGCCACUGCGUUUGCUUUUCGAAGGGCAGUGUUUGAGCAGUAUGAUGAGACUUAUGCUCAGGCUUUCGGUGUGCAGCCGAGGCGCCCUUCAGAUUCUAUCGGUAAUCGCCUUGAUCAGCCUGUGAGGCUUCCUGCUAAAGCUCCUUUGAGUGGUCCAAUGGUGAUAGCGGAAACUUUGGGCGGUGAGAAGAAGAGUGCAACAAAAUCUGUUAAAGCUAAGGACAAUUCCAAGAAGGACAAGUAUCUUUUUAUGCGUCGAGAUGAACCCAGUAACACCUUCCAGUUAUCUUCCAGGGAGACAUCGGAUGCAGCUGGGAGUUAUGUGCUUCAGAAGAGGCCUUUAGCAGUGUCGGCCGUGCCUGAGGCUUUGGAGAAGCAUGAAGACACAGGGAUUAUGAGCCAAGAUAUUGCAGCUUCAACUGUAAAAGCCGAAAUAGCUGUUGCAGACCAGGUUCAAUCAGAUGGCAUUGGUCAUGCAUCCCCAGAAAUGACCAGGAGUAUUGAACCAGUUGAAGUUGCUAGUAAAAGCAUGGGUAGGCCUCAUUUGUCUGGGGAGAUGGCAUUGCCAAACAUAGUUAAUGAGACAUCUCAGUCUACCAAUAUGGAGAGCAAAACUUAUAUUGAUGUAAAAAAUGAUGGAAAUUUAACACCAUCAGGACCACAUGAAGAUUUUCAGCAAAUAGAGCAGGGAUUCCUGGCUACAUCUGAUGAGGUUAAGCAAGUUAAGCAUCACAAACUUAAUGUUGAUGGUGUGCCAAAGAAGAUAAAAGUUCAUAAGCGGCCUGCAAAUGACUUAAAGUCUGAGACUUCUGGUAUUGAGGGGAAAAAGAAGAAAAAAAUGAAAAAGGGUUUGAAUUUACAACCUACCUCAGGCCAUCUGGAGAAGAUUUCUACUUCUGAAAAAGCUGUACAGCUAUCAGGGCAAUCUGAAAAAUCUGAACCAAUGCAGGUGGAUGCUUCUACCAGUAAUUUGAUGCCCAUGGAUUCCAUGGCAGAAGUUAAUAUUGAGUUGCCCCAUCUUUUGGGUGAUUUGCAAGCUCUUGCUUUGGAUCCUUUUCAUGGUGUUAAAAGAGGGAUCCCUGCAGUUACUAGGCAGUUCUUUUUGCGGUUCAGGUCUCUUAUUUAUCAGAAAAGCUUGCCUGUAUCCCCACCCAUAGUCACAGAGAAUGAAGCUGCUGAAGUUCGUAGACCUCCAUCCAGUGUUGGGACAUCAGACGGUCCUGAUGAUCAUGCCAGAGCUUCAUCACUUAUAAAGCCUGUAAAGCACAUUGUUCGGCCUGACGAUCCUACCAAAGCUGGGCGGAAAAGGGCCCUCUCUGAUCGUCAAGAAGAAAUUACUGAAAAAAGAUGGAAGAAAAUCAAGAAUAUAAAGGCACUGGCUGCAGAGAAGAAGGCAGGCGGCCAGAAAACUUCUGAAGCCCGUCAAGGAGAUGGAAAAGAAUCCAUGGCCCAGGCUCCACCCAAGGUAGUGAAACCAGAAUUGACCAGGAAAGUGGAGCGUCCAGCCAAGGCGGUUGAACCCACCAUACUGGUGAUCAAGUUCCCCCUAGAAACAUCACUACCAUCUGUUGCAGAGCUGAAAGCAAGGUUUGCUCGUUUUGGGCCAAUAGACCAAUCAGGUCUCCGCGUGUUUUGGAAGACCUCAACAUGUCGAGUUGUUUUCUUGCACAAGGUAGAUGCACAAUCUGCAUAUAAAUAUGCUCUAGCAAACCAAUCCUUAUUUGGCAACGUUGGUGUGAAGUGCUUCCUCCGGGAAUUUGGUGAUGCUUCAUCUGAAGUCUCUGAAGCUGCAAAGGCUAGGGGAGACAAUGGUGCCAAUGAAUCACCUCGGGUCAAGAAUCCUGCCGUGGUUCAACGCCAGUCAUCAGCCCAGCAACCUCUUCCUCAGCCAACGAUCCAGCUCAAAUCUAUACUGAAGAAAUCUACUGCGGAUGAGCCAGGCCAGUUAACCGGUAAUGGAGGUAGUAGUAAGGGGACUCCGCGUGUGAAAUUCAUGUUAGGUGGGGAAGAAAGUAGUAGGGGAGAGCAAUUAAUGGUGGGUAAUAGGAACAGCUUCAACAGUGUUAGUUUUGCUGAUGGUGGUGCACCUUCUUCUGUUGCUAUGGAUUUUAAUAGUAAGAACGUUCAAAAGGCUAUUUCUCAACCACCGUUGCCUAAUACUCCUCCCCCUCCUACUCAGUUUACGAAAAUCCUACAACAUAAUUUGCAUAAUUCCGAAAUGGCACCCAGAAAUACACCCAAUUUUAUAAACGCGACUGCAUCAGCUACUGCACCCACCGUUGAUAUAUCACAGCAGAUGAUAAGCCUUCUGACAAGGUGCAACGAUAUUGUGAAUAACUUGACAAGUUUAUUAGGUUACGUGCCCUAUCAUCCACUUUGAUAAAAAAAAAAAAAAAUAGCACCGUACUCAUCUGUAGACCAAAAUCCAAUUCAAGAAAAAAUGCGGGCUAGUUGGAUUGUGAGUGAAUGACUUACUCGAGGAAAUGCAUAAACCGAGAAAUAUAAUCCUUCAAUAGCCGCUUAGUUUGAGAUUUUUUUUUAUCUUCACAAUGUAAAUGUACUACCAUAUUGAUACUACCAUAUUGAUAGUAGCAUCUCAUUUAGCUGCCUUUUCAUUUC